UGAACAGAAGCAGAGAAAAACAUCUUACACGAGCUAUCAGACUUACUUAGAGCAUCAGACAGUGACUUUCAAGGAGCUGGUUGUGGUUAGUCUGCAAAUGAAUAUAGUUAGUCUUGCUAAGAUUUGUGUGCACCUUUUUGGUUAUAGCAGGCGGAUCACGUCUGCACUGUUUCAUGAACUAUUCUGUCUGAAGAAGAGAGUAUAAAAGCUUGGGUUUUUGGCAACACAUCCUGCAGACAUCAGUGAAAAUGAGUACAGAGUGCCCAUUAGUGUAUUUUGUUAAGUGACUGCCCCAGUAGAGAGAUCUCUGCAGUGCUCUCUAUGAAACAGCCUUCCACUUGCCUGGUUUCCCUAGCUUCCAACUACAUCCAUACUGGCACCCUAUUGACAGAUGUCCCUGUACCAGGGAACAGGAGUCACCAGCCAGAGAGACUGAGCUCAAAGCUACAUCACAAACAGGCAGAUGGAGCUUUCUCAGACCUCUGCUAGUGAGGCUGCAGCAGAAUCAUAGAAUCAUGAAGGCUGGAAAAGACCUCUAAGAUCAUCAAACCAUCCCCACCGUGCCCACUGACCAUGUCCUUCAGCGCCACAUCUCCAUGGUUCUUGCACGCUUCCAGGGACUUUGACUGCACCACCUCCCUGGGCAGCCUGUGCCGCUGCAUCACUGUUCUUUCUGAGAAUAAUUUUUUCCUAAUAUCCAACCCGACAAUCGACUUUUGCAUAAUCCUUAAGCUACUGGGAUGCAGCCUUUUGUCCAGGGAGACAAAAAGGUCUUUGCCAUAAGCAGCCAUAGGCCAUUUACAGGUAGCAGUCAGCAAAUCUGCAGUGGCAACAAGUAGCAAAAUGACCGUGUGGGACUGCUGCCUGCAAACAGAGGAAGGAUUUUUGCAUGCUUGUGUUUUAGUAAACUAAUGCAUUUAUUUAUUUAUUCCUUUCUCAUUUAGGCACUUUUGUUUUCUGCUUAUCAAGUAAAGCCACAAGGUUUCCCAUUGGUUCUGCUUUAUAAUGCUACAGGGAGGCAGAAACUAUCCUCUUGUUUUAUGGAUGGGAAAAUCCAGGUUGCUCAAGGCCACAGAGAAAGUCCGAGGCAGGAGCUCAGUCCAGCCUUUCUAAACCUCAUUUUAAUAGCUCCCCUUCCAAUUUAUGUGCUUUUCUCUAGAAUAAAGUCUUCAUGAAAAUAAAGGUGGUUUUGUUUUUGAUUUGUACCUUUCACUUUGCAGUGCGUCCUGCAAGUCAAUAUGCAGGUACAUAUGUAUAAGAUCAGUAUAUGUUGCGUUACAGUCAGAACUGUUCCCAAAGCAGUAUAUUCCGCUAAGAAAGCAGCCACGAACUUUCUGGAUACUAGCCCAAGAGUAGUAUCUGAGUUGUAUCUGCUCAGAUUUCAUGCCCAUAACUUGCAGCUUGCUCUGACAGUGCUCAGCCCACUUUUUCUCACUUACUGUCAAAUAAUUGUAUCUUCAGACAGGAACCAUGUUGUUGCUUGUUUAAUACGUAGAAACGAAGCUCUGUCAUAGGUUUCCCUUUGGCUCACAUGCUCCCUAUAAGAUUACCCUUCCACAGCCCAGCAGCUAGUUUUACAAAAUAAGAGGCACUAGCCAAGUAUCACAUUUCCAACGCUACCGUGGCUUCUCAAAAAGCAGUAACAUUUUUUCAGAACCAUAGCAGUGAAUUGCUUAAAUAGGCACUACAAAGGCUGUGAAAAAUAUUUACUCUGCAAAGUCAGUGCUGGGCUCCAUGGACUUGGCAGGAUGAGUCCCAUGAAACCAGGCUGUUGCUGCAUGCCAUGCAUGCCAAACGUGGCAUGGAAAAAGCUUCUCUCCAGAGCUAUCACAUUUGAACUGCAAAUGCUUACUGACUUGCUCUUUAAAUAUAUGUUACAAACGCUGCAAAAUGAGGAGGCAGUUCCUCUGCAGUAUUCACUCUGAGCCAUUUUUUUUUCCAUGGAGUUUUGGUCCCUGUCUUCUUAUAACCAAAUAAGCCGUCCAAACAAUGAGGUAAGCUUUCCAACAUCAUGGUGGCUUGAAAAGCUCAGUGAAGAGUGGAAUAAUUCAUAGAAGUUUUAAAAUCAAAAUGUUAUUCUUUAUGAGCACAGGUUUUUCUGUAAUAUUAAGCACUAAUUUUGCCCUAUUUACUGCAAAACAGACAAAUCUGAGUAUUUUAAAUCAUUCAUCCAUGGAAGGGUAAAACCUUACUUGAAUUUCUUCCUCUCUCAUUUUGUCUUCCAGGGGGAAAUUCCAAGGUAUUUCUCUUUGCAAUAACACUCUCUUCAUGCCUAAAAUAAAGCAGAUAUCCAUUCGAUUUUCCACCCAAUGCUGGAAAGAACCACAGCUUUCCAUGAAAGGCUGAGCUGAGAGGUAGCCAAGAGAAAGGACUAAGCCAGGAUGUACCUGGAGAUUUUGCUUUGAAGUGCAUCCCGCAUUUGGCAGCUCAAAAAGGCUCUUAUCUCUGCCCUGGCUCCCACUGCCUUCAAAGCAUGUGGUAAUGGCCCAGGCGUCUAGCAGAGUAAAUAACCAACCCCAAACUUUUCCACCUACACACAAACCUUGGGACAGAGGUGCUUCAAGGAGACAUCGCUAGCGAAUGAGAAAACACAUUCCUCUUCCUGUAGAUACCAUUGUUUCCAUGGCUCUCCUCUUUUUGUGCCAUGGUCCUGCCACAUAUAAACCGGAGCCCUUAGCUCAGUCCCUUCCCCAGAGGUUGGAAGAAGCAAGGUUCUCCAUGUGCUGGGCAGACCUGCUCAUCCUUCUCCCUGCAGCCUGGUACCAGCUGGCAUCUUUCCUCUUUGCUGCUCUCUUCCACUACCUCUGUGCUUUGGGGCACCUCUCUCUGACUUCCCGGUACGUCUUCCUCCUUGCUGGAGGAUGUCUCCUUGCAGGCACAUCCAUGGGCAGUUACGCCAUGUUGCUACUCAUCCCUGCUGUCAGCUCUGUACUCAUCCUCCUCUUGGUCAGUCCAGCUCACGUCCAUACCUGGGUCUUCAGCCUCCAGAUGUGCUGGCAGACGCUCUGCCACCUGGGCCUGGGCAGUCUGGUGAUGGAGCCACAGGACACCAGGCCAGCUGUCGCCCUCUCUGCCAUCAUGCUGCUCACUCAGAAGGUGACAUCUCUGGCCCUGGACAUCCACGAAGGGACCAUGCUGCCCCAGCCUGGCCAGGGGCUGUUGCAGCAAGCCUUGCCCCUCUGCAGUUACCUGCUCUUCUUCCCAGCCCUCCUUGGAGGCCCACUGUGUUCCUUCAGCAAGUUUCAGGCCCAGGCCAUGUCUCUGGGAGCUGUCCCCUGCCCGCUGCAGGCUGUGGGCCAGAGGUACCUCGGGGUCCUGGUGCUACAGGUGCUGCGUGCAUGGCUGGAGGGCUGGCUGCCCUGCACGCAGGGCUGGGCCAGCGUGGGCCACAUGUGGGCACAGGCCCUGCUCUUCAGACUGGCCUACUACUCGCAAUGGGUGCUGGAUGAGGCCCUCCUGGAGGCAGCGGGCUUUGGGGCAGCGGUGGAGCAUGGAGACCUUUCUGUCCAUGACCUUUGGACACUGGAGACCACACAUCGCCUGGCUGUCUUCUCCAGAACGUGGAACAAGAGUACAUCCCUCUGGCUGAGGAGGCUGGUCUUCCAGCGCUGCCCAGCUCAGCCACUCCUUGCCACUUUUGCCUUCUCUGCAUGGUGGCAUGGCCUCCGUCCAGGGCAAAUCUUUGGUUUCCUGUGCUGGGCCAUCAUGGUAGAGGCUGACUAUCGCAUCCAUCCCUUCCUCAGUGUCUGGGCCACCUCCUGUGUUUCAAAGCUCCUCUACCGUGGCACAACCUGGGUCUUCACACAGCUCAUCAUUGCCUACAUCCAGGUGGCUGUAGAGACUGAGAACUUCUCCAUGCUCUGUCUACUCUGGUCUUCCUACAGCAGUAUCCUUCCCCUCACUUAUGGUCUCAUGCUGCUGCUGCUGCUGUUUGCUGAGAAGCCAAAGCAGAACUGAGCCUGUCCUGGGCUAACUUGA